AUGACAGAAGAAAGUCGGGGAAAGCGUAGGAAACAAGCCAACCCCAGGAGAAACCGAGUUGAUGCUGACCAAGUGAGUUUACUGGGAUCUGAGGGGGAGGAUGAGGUGGGUUUGUGGAGCUUGGAGCCCCAGGACUGCCAGGAGAGCCUGGAUAAGACGAGCCUGACGCCCAGCGAGGGGACAGAGGAGCCCGGCAGCCCUGCUCAGUCCACCCGGCCGCACAGCCUCAGCCCCGGCAGCAGGAACUGCUGGGGCCAGGUGGAGUCAGAGGCCAAGGCCACAGAGGACGCAUCCUUCAUGUCCACUGAAAGGGAGGGAGACCAGGAUCCGCUGAGGAUGUACUGUAAGAGUUCAGACUCCCGGAAUGCCUUGGAGGACUUGUCCCAGUAUGAAAUCCUGGCUCAGUUGAGGAAGGCCUCUGCCUCAGCUAGUUUCUUAGAUCACAUGAACCAUAAUGGCACGGCAGCUGUGUACCGCCCGAGCAGAGGGCACGAUGACCUGCCUCCUGCUAUCUGGUCACCAGGUGCUCAGCACUGCUCACCUGAGGGACCAGAUGUAGGCAGGGCCCAGCAGGCCUGCCCAUUUUGCAGCAGGGUAUAUCCUCGAGGAGCUUCUUUGAGGGACCAUGUCAAGUACUGUCCAGACAGGGAGGGGGGGCACAUGGUCUGCCCGCUCUGUGGAUACACUGCCACCCUUAGGCUGGAGAUGGAGCGGCACCUAGCACUUCACAACCCAGUGCAGGACAAAAGUGCCAUGACAUUGGACCAAGGCAUGGAGACCAGGAAGUUCAAAUGUCUGCAGUGUGGGAAAGCAUUCAAGUACAAACACCACCUCAAAGAGCAUCUCCGCAUCCACAGCGGAGAGAAACCUUACGAGUGCUCCAACUGCAAAAAACGCUUCUCUCACUCUGGAUCCUACAGCUCCCAUUUAAGCAGUAAAAAGUGCCUUAGUGGCGGCGGGCAUGGAGGAGGAAACCCAGGAGGAGCCAGCGGGGUGUUUAAUGGACACAGCCAAAGCUCCUACCCCCACUCAUUUCCAACAUCUCCCUCUGCUGGUGGGGGUAGAAGUAGUAAUGAAAAGGGCUCGGUGCUGGUUUUGCAGAACCAAGAUAAUACCAGGCCUCUGGGUCAAGUACCAGUGGAUCCCCUUCAGCUUUCACUGCAGGAUCUCAAUCAAAGCACUGCAAGCUUGUCCAGUGCAUCAGACCUGGCGAGGAUUUGGGACCCAUCAGAGCUUUCUUUGAGGGCCAGUAUGCUCAAAGGGACCAGUCUACUGCCUUAUCUCCACUCUGGGACCAAAUUUGAGCAUAUGCUGCAGGAGAUGUUUCAACGAGACGUAAAAAAAGAUGAAGAUCUUGUCAGAGAAGGAGGAGAUGAAGAGGAAAGAAGAGCACAUCAGAACGGAGGAUCGCAUGAGAGAAAGGUUUCACCUGACAGGAGAAGAGACACGCUAUCGGUUGAACCAGAGAGGGGAGUUCUUGGGAUAAUGUGUCGUUGGUGCUCGCAGCAUUUCUCCAGUGUGGCUGCACUUCUGCAUCAUGAGCGCCACCUCUGUCAGCUCAACAGAGAAGCAGCGGAGGUACCCGAGGGUUUUCGCAGUAAAGCCCCGUCAUCACCGUCUAUAUUCUUUCCAAGAUCUGUCCUCCAACCAGAAAACAGCAAAUUAAGUGAAGUGACAAAUGGUCUUUCUGGAAAUAAGUCGCCAUCGCAGAAGCACAACUGGCACGCCAUACCACAACACCUUUUGGUUGCAAUGCACUCGCCCCCACAGCUCCACCAUAACGUCCUGUCUUCGCGAGUGCACUGGCCGAGCCAGGAAAAGGGCAACCCAAGUCAGCUGACACACCGUUCCCCAGAGCUGUCAUCACCUCGAGGCAGGAAACGAGCUCUGUCCUCAGGAUUCACUUCUCCUGUUUGCCUUGACCUCACAAGUUGUUCUCCUGAACUGUCCUCACCCCAGAAAGAAACCAGCAACCCCUGGUCUGCACAGAACGAACCUCUGGACCUCUCCCUGCCCAAGCAGCUCUCUGACCAGAGCAGCAGGAACAAAACUGUUAAUGGCACCUCAGGCAGAGGAGAGAGGAGGGAGCUUGGGACCCAGCAGCUUGGUAGACCAAGUCCGACUUCACACCUCCCCUUGCAUUCGCAUCCGGUCUUCAGUGUGGCCGGAGCUCCUGUGUUUCCAGGUUCCUUGUACAAUGGGUUUCCAAUGUUCAGCCAGGCUGGUGUGGGGCUUUCAGGGCAUGAAGGCAUCACAUCAAUUCCAUUCAACCAGACGGCCAACACCCCGGGGUUUCUCUCUCCUUUAGCCUACAUGAUGGAGGCAGAUGCAGAGGCUACAUUGAAAAAGAUUUAUCAGGAGAGACAAGGUUUAAUGGGCGAGGCAUUGAACCGUGGUGCUCUGGACUAUCUCUCACUCAUCGACGAAGGGUUCGAUGGAGAAGGAGGGCCGGGAAGAAAGAGACUGAAGAAGACAGACGAGGGGCUUUACGCUUGUGAUAUUUGUGAAAAAACUUUCCAGAAGAGCAGCUCAUUGCUUCGCCACAAAUACGAGCACACAGGCAAACGUCCUCACGAGUGUAAGAUCUGCAACAAGGCCUUCAAGCAUAAGCACCAUCUGAUUGAACACAGCCGACUGCACUCCGGAGAGAAACCCUACCAAUGUGACAAGUGUGGCAAACGCUUCUCCCACUCUGGCUCUUACUCUCAGCACAUGAACCACCGUUACGCAUACUGCAGCAAAGACCAGGAUCCAGACCAAGACCAAGAUGACAUGCCUCUCACACCGGGAGCGGGCAACAGUCUUGUGGGACGCCUCUCUGAAGACGCCCCUCUGUCACUGGAUGAAACCCAAACUCCACACUCUUUUCUCAGUGAUUCCAGUCUGGAUGGAGCGCCGGAUGCUCUCAAAGAGGAGGAGGAGGAGGAGGAAGAAGGGGAAGCAAGAGUUUGCGAUGACCGUGAAGAAGAGGCAGAUGUGAAUUUGCCAGAACCAGCAGAGGAGCUGGGAGGUAACCCCAUACAAGAAUCACCUGCAGGUGAGAACGGAGUUCAGAGUGAGAGAAAUAGAUAUGACAUGCAAGAUCAUAUUGACAAUACAGAGAGCCAAACCUGGGACAGAGACACCGAGGACCGGAAUGGAGACUUGGACAAAUGUGAACUGAGUUUGGAUUUAACAGAGUUACCCAGAAUUAAAACUUAAGGUGACUUUAAC